AUGUCAGACCUCGGUCUGCUCACCUACUACCUCGGCAUUGAGGUGGAGCAGACCGGGAAUGCCAUCACGCUCCGCCAGAGCACCUACGCGAGGAAGCCGGUAGAGCGGAGCGGAUUGGGCGAGUGCAGGGCGCGCCAGACGCCCCUGGAGGAGAAGGUGAAGCUGUCAAAGGACAGCACUGCCUCCUUGGUGGACGCCACGAGCUACCGGAGCACCGUCGGCGCACUGUGUUACCUCACGCACACGCGGCCGGACAUCGGGUUCGCCGUGGGGUACGUGAGCCGGUUCAUGGCGGAGCCGCGGGAGGAUCACCUCGUCGCAGUCAAGCAUCUGCUCCGCUAUGUGGCAGGGACACGCGACUACGGGCUUGUCUACCCAAGGAGGAGCAUAGGAGAGCUGGAGCUGAUUGGGUUCAGCGACAGCGACAUGGCGGGCGACGUUGAUGGACGAAGAAGCACGACUGGUGUGCUCUUCUUCCUUGGAGCGUGCCCGAUCUCCUGGCAAUCGAUGAAACAGAAGAUCAGGCUCGAGUAUGUCGAGACAGCUCGACAGCUCGGGGACAUCCUCACCAAGCCACUUGGGCGCGUUCGACUUACAGAGUUGAGGACCAAGAUUGGAGUUGAGGAGAUCAAGCAAGAGCAGUGCAAUUAG